AUGUACAGGAGAAGUAAAGACGGCAUGGAUAUCGGGUUCCAGCAGAAAGGAAAGGCUACAGCGGAGACCACCAAACCGGCCCUGCAUCUCCGGGGUCUGGAGUACAAAGAUGGAAAAGAGACGUCUCUUGGAAAUGAACCUGACUUUCUUGAGUACCUCAGUCCAGUGAGUUACUCGUAGUACGGUAGUUCUACUUUCCAGCGAUAUCUCGAGCUUUCAGACAUCAAAAUUGGACGUUGCAAGGCUGUUAAAGGUCUAGCGGGACGCUGUGAAAUGUGCACUACACCGCCAACGCAGCCAAGUUUGUCCAGAAUACAGAUUCCAUAG